AUGUCGACUUCGUUGGCGGCAGACCAUCCAUCCCUGGCCUCGCAGGCAGACCAGACGUCCGCUGAGAACGCUGAUCAGGACCCGUUCCUGUCCUCAUCGACGAGCUCUAGCCAUCACCGGUUCUCUCAUUUUGACAAUCAAUUAUUCGCUCUCGGCCCUACGUCGUCUCCAGAACAAGCAAAGCGGGCUUUGGAAGCUCAUCUCGCUGAGACAGAACGACGUAUACAAGAAGCUUCGAGGCUCGGCACAACCCUUGUACAGCAACGCAAGGAUCUUGCGGAACGCCUGAAAGACGUCGAGAAGCAACAGAUCGAGGGCGAGAUUCCUCCGGAACUACGACAGAAACUGGUGGAAAUUGAAAAGGAGUACAAUGAGGUUGGACGCGAGAGUGCUAGGGCUUUCCUACCCAAGCCUCGGGUCGCGAGCGGUGAGAUGGGCGGAUCGCCAUUUACCGGUGAUGCGAAGUCUACUGCCAGCCCUUCCAAAUUUGAGAGCCAGGCCACCAGCUCCCCAUCUAAACUCAGCGUGCCUACGAGAAAACAGCGGAACCAGCCCUCGAGUCGUGUGCACGAUAUUGAGUUUGCCACAGAGAUCAGCACUUCACUCCUGUCGCAAGUUCGACAUCUUCAGGCCCUGCUAGCGGAGAAGGAAGAAGCAUUGAAGACCGUCACCCACGAGAAAUCAAGGCUUGAAAUCGAAGCAGAGGGGUUCAAUGAGCGGUUGAGGAGCUUGGAUGAGAGUGAGCAUAGGUACAAAGACGAGAACUGGAAUCUGGAGACUCAAAUCCACGAACUUCUGGCUGCAGCAAAGGAGGCGGCAGACAGGGAGAAGAAACUGACCCAUAGUCUCCACAUUGCGCAAGCCGAGAAGAGCUCCACCCAGAAAGAACUCGACGAGAUCAAGUUGAACCAUGCCAAACUCACCGAGGAUCAUACUGCAGCUCUCAAGCAUUACGAGGUUGAGUUGGGAAGCGUGAAACGGAAUAUGAACAUGGUCGAGAAUGAACGGGUAACCUUACAACGCAAGAUUGAGGAUUUGACAGGCCAGAACCAGGAGCUAGCCAAGGCUGUCGCGCACCAACGCAACCGACUACUAGAAGACCGAACCCAAGCACGAGGCCUCAGUGAUGAUGAUUUCGAGACCGCUGCGGAUAAUGCCACUCCUGAGCAUUCGCCACCUCCUUCGCCAAUCAAGAAUACCCCGAGACACAACAUGCUGGAAUCUGAGACUCUGAGGAGUUCCUUGCAACACGCUCAUCGAAUGAUCCAGAGUCUAAAGGGCAAUAUUCAUCGUGAGAAAACGGAAAAACUAGAACUGAAGCGGAUGCUUCAAGAUGCAAGAGAUGAAUUAGAGCUUCGCCGAAGCGACAGUGGCUUGGUGCCUGGGAGUGCUAAGAGGAGCCGCAAGACGGAUUCCAAGGAGUUCAAGAAACCCCUCAGACCAGGCCAACUUGGUGGGAUCAGAAGCAGUAGAAGCGAAAUCGUGAUCGAUGAUGAUACCAAUUGGGAAGAAGAUGACGGAGAAAGUAGCUCAUCACCCUCUACAUCAACCGCCAAGGCUCAAGGAGCUGUUGGAGCUGCUGCAGGUGGAGCUCCAGCCUCAGAAAUCGCCGAUUCCAGUGAUAACUUUGACACCGCUAACGAGGGGACUGAUGCCUUCGAAACGGCAAACGAACGUGGUACGGAGACUGAAGAUUUCCAGACCGGCCACGAGGACAUGAGCGACAACGACGAGCUUACUGAGACCGAGACUGGCGCUGGUGGCACUAUCCGUAGGAAGACUGCGCCCCUUGGGUUGACCAAACGAGGAAAUCGGAGAUCGUUCCAGAGUACCGCAUCAACGUCAGGUGAUGAAUUUAGCUACGAAGAUGCGAAGACACCAACGGCUCAACCGCAGCGGCUCCGGCUCAGAGUUAGUCGUGGUGGCAACCGGCGAUCAAGAGGACCAAGUGAGGAACCACAGUUCCACAGUAGCCCUCCAAGUUUCGCAAGUAGUAGUAAUGGCGGGACACCUCAAGCUGGACAGAGCCUAUUCGCAGAGCUUGGUGAUCUGGAAGGUAGCGAUGAUGAGUCUAUACAAGGGACCCCAAGUCGCCGCUCGUUCGUGUCACGAUCCUCGGCUUCAACCUCGAGACCUGGUACUGCGAGGGGCAUCCUCGCACCUCAGACUCCACCCCCGGUACCAAAAUUGCCAAAAUUACUAAUGGUCGAUACUGGGAUGAUGACUGAGCCGUGGGAACCCGCGCCAGCAACCCCUCAGAGUGCUGUACCCGUUGUCGCAGAAGUCGGCAUUGCUGGUGUAUCUAUCGCCGAGGAGGCACGCUUAAUGAGUAACAAGCACGCAUCGACGGGCUCUCAAAUCCGAGUGUCGAUGUCUGACGCGGGCAGCCAAUGGCAGGAUGAACAGUUCAACAACUUUCUCAAUGUCAAUAGCCAAGGCACCAGACCCAUGUCGACAUCAACCUAUACGUCAACAUAUACUGAUAGGAGCUCGCAGUAUGAUCCUCUGGUGAUGGAUGAAAAGCUUGCCAAAUUCCCCUUUCCACCAGACUCCAGAGCGCACACGCCGAUGGCAGAUCUUGCCGCUUUCGGGACUGCUGAACCUGCCGCAUCUCCAGCGCCUCUAGCACCUCUAUUAUCCAUGUCCAACAUCGUGUCAGAGCAUGUCGAACCAAUAGAGCCUGAGCCUGAGUCGCCCGUCGUUGUUCCUGAGACCACUGAACAAGAUGCACCGAGCAUACCGGAAGAGGUUGCCCCAGUACUUGCACCACUGGCCUUCUCAACUAUUCAAUCGAUCCACACCACGCCUAUUUCACCUCGAAGCCCAAGAAGAGAUGGCGUUAUGAUUCCGAGAGACGAAUCUGAUGAAGUGGACCUUGCAGAAGAUGAGCCCCAAACCCCUCAGUCUUCCGUUUUUGGGUCUGUCUCUCCCAGGAGCAAGGGCAAACGCCCCGCAACCCCAGUCAUUGCCGAAGACGACACACGGCAAUCACUCAAUGGCUCUCCAGCCCCGGAAACUCCAGAAUCCCAGCGACCGUUCAAAGAGCUCUCUAGCAAUACUAAUGAGCGAGUUGUGAAAAUGCCCCUCUUCGAAAUGAGCGACGAAGGCGCGCAGACAACGCUAACCUCCGAGCAAAUUGACGAUCUGCUUCAGAGCAAGAGACGAGAUACGAUUCUCGCUGAAGACAGCCAUAGGUUAGAUGCCUGGUCGCCGCCGCGGGGUACAGCUAUCAUUCCCGCUGGUCUCAGAGUUCGCAAGUCACAAGAAAGCGUCGGCAGCGUUGGUCGUUCCAGAACUAAGAUGGUUGAUACCAGCUCCGCCAACGAUACAUCUCCUGUCAAAAGACCCUCUAGCUCUAGGAAUGGGUCAGUAUCAAGCGUGCAUCCGCCAUUACCCACUGAUCACAAGCAAGUUAUUGCAGCAGCAGCUCAACGCACUGGCUCCUCGAAUGGCGGAGCAGGGUCUAUGGGACCUCCCUUGUUACCGGCCUCUGCUGUAAGAGCCAACCCAUCUUUCAGACCUAGGACGCCAAACUCUCAGCCCAUCAAUCUUGAGAGAGGUGGAACGACUCCGAGAGCUGUGCAAUCUAGCCGUUCGGAGGCCCACUCACCGACUGGGACUGGAAGAUCCCGACAGUCGUCUGUCUCGUCAUUUGUAUCCGAGCUCGACGCUCGCUUUAAUAUGCGGCCAGGCGCGAUGCCAACUGGCAUUCAGCCUGGCACAGACCCGCGAAUGAUAAAUGCUAUUACCCAGACGAUGAUUGGGGAAUAUCUCUGGAAAUACACCCGUAAGGCUGGUCGGGGAACCAUGUCAGAAAAUCGACACCGUCGUUACUUCUGGGUUCAUCCAUACACCAGAACUUUGUAUUGGAGUGACCAUGAUCCCUCACAAGCUGGUCGGUCAGAGCUGAAGGCAAAGAGUGUGCCCAUUGAAGCCGUCCGAGUUGUAACAGAUGACAACCCAAUGCCUCCCGGUUUGCAUCGCAAGAGCUUGGUUAUCAUGACCCCUGGCAGAGAUGUCAAGUUUACUGCAACCACCGGUCAACGCCACGAGACGUGGUUCAAUGCAUUGUCCUACUUGCUUCUACGAACUGGAGAUGAAUCAGCCAGCGACACUGCAGAGGUUGUCCAGGGUCUCACCCGGGACGAUGUUGACGAAUUCAAUCCUGGAUUCGGCAACAGCAACAACAAUAAUACCCGUAGAGGCCCAACAUCUUUAUCUUCCUACAAUAGCCGGACAACUCGCAAUGAGUCCCCUGCUGGCCACAAAUCAGCUCGAGCAUCUGUACACCCUGGACAGGCCUCGACAUCUUCCCGCCCAGCGGCAGGUACCCUUUCUCGGCUGAGUAAUUACUGGAAGGGUGGCAAUGGACAAAUAGGCAGUUACUCUAGUCGGAAAGGCAGGCCAGGGGCUGCUGCAGCAGGGAGCAUUUAUGAAGCCAGCGAGGUGGACGACAGCGCCGAGGACUUGAGAAAGAUUAUCGAGAGGCAGGAUCGGGAGUCCGACAGGCUCGAGGAUGUCAGAGCAUGUUGUGAUGGCAAACACCAUGUUGGACACUUACACUCACAUUCCACAAAGGGACGUCAUUCCCAUUCCCUGAGACCUGCUGCGUCGGGAUCGCGGAAUUCAACACAACCGAGGCAAGCAGGCCGCAAUAGCAUAAUGAGGCGAACAGAUUGA